AUGGAUUUUAUGGCUGUGGAUUCUGAUGGGACUGCUGGGGGUCUACUUUGUAUAUGGGACCCAAAUUUUUUGCAAUUGGUGGAUUGUUGUAGCAGUAGGAGAUUUAUUCUCCUCUCUGGUACCUUACUGAAUACAUUUGAUUGUACUAUUUUGAAUAUGUAUGCACCAAAUGAGGUGAGUAGUAGAUGUAAAUUUUGGGAAUCCUUGCUGAAGUUAAAAUCUGAGGUCCCAAAACUAUGGUGCUUGGGGGGUGAUUUAAAUGAGAUUAGAAAUAUUAGUGAGAGAGUGGGUUGUCACAGAAGAGAUAAGAGAAUGUUGGAUCUAAAUUCCUGCAUUGAGAGUUGUGAGUUAAAUGAUUUACCAUUGCUCGGCAGGAAGUUCACAUGGCUAUUUUUUGAUCAUUGUCCUAUUUUGCUAAUGGAUGAUGAGAGGGAUUGGGGACCUAAGCCUUUUAGGUUCAUUAAUGCUUGGACUCUUCAUCCAAGUUUUCCCUUAAUCGUGGACAAGGUUUGGCAUGAAUCUAGAAUUAUUGGGAGAGCAGGGUAUGUUUUGUUUCAGAAACUGAAAAUUCUAAAGUUAGAGUUGAAAAAAUGGAAUUCUGAAGUUUUUGGAAAUCUAUCAACAAAACUCAAGGAGGCAGAGGAGGAGUUGGUUGAACUGGACAUUCUAGUUGAAAGUAGACCUCUAGAGGAGGUUGAAAGAGUUAGAAGAAGAGAAGUGAGAGGUGAAGUUUUGAAGCUUAGUAGAAUGGUGGAAUGA